AUGCACAGCAAAUAUCUACGUUUAGCGCUAGAUGAAGCUAAAAAGUGCAAUCCUACCGAUACAGCAUUCUGUGUUGGUUCAGUGAUUGUCGAAAAUGGUCAGGUUGUGUCUACGGGAUACUCUCGUGAGCUUCCAGGUAAUACGCAUGCCGAAGAAUCUGCCAUUCUAAAACUCCUUCAACGCGAUCCCAAGCACGAUUUUACACGUUCCGUCAUUUACUCGACUAUGGAACCUUGUAGCAAACGUCUUUCUGGCAACGUUCCAUGCACUCAGCAUAUCAUAGCGAACAAGUUUCACAAAGUCGUGCUAGGAUGUCGUGAACCAACUACAUUCGUCGUUUGUGAAGGCGUUCGACAACUGCAAGCUGCUGGAAUCAUCGUCGAAGAAGACUUGCAAUUUCAAGACGAAUGUUUACGUGUUGCUAAACAGUCUCACAACCAGUAG